CCCUCCCUGGCGCGCGCGUCCCCGUGACGGCCCGCGCGCGCGGGCGCGCGUGCGCGCGGCGGAGUCGCGAGACUGGCUGCGGCGGCCACGUAGCGCUGCGGCGGCGGCGGCGGCGGCCGAGGGGAGCGGGAGCCGCGUCCGCCGGCGGCGGGGCCUGGGCCCGAGGCGGCGGCGGCGGCGGCCGGAGCGCCGCGGCGGCGGCUGCGGGGGCCGCGCGGAGGCAGGCAGGGAGGGAGGGCCCCGGGCGCCCUGCCCUCCGCCCUCCCGCCUCGCCUCCUCCACCCGCCCUCCGCCGCCUCGCCCGUGCCCCCCUCCCCUCGCCGCCCGGCAUGGACGGCGGCGGGGGCGGCCCUGCGGGGAUCGGCCUGGAUAAAAUGUUCGACAGUUCAUUGACAACUUUCUUCAGAAGAAUAAUUACUACUGCUCUGCUCUUGCCAUAAUACCAGAAUUCUGAGACCUACACGCCAGUGCUAAACACCAGCAGAGAAUCCUGUUUUGUUAAUUCUGUGUAGAUGGAACAGGCAUCGGUCUUGACAGCCCAUCCAGAUUUAAAGCUGCUUACUUGGUUUUCUGGGAUUAAAGGUGCUCAAUGAAUCAGGGCCCCCCAAAUGAGUCAGACAGCCAAUUCUUGCCAACAGUUGGUUGAAAACUGUGCUGCGCAUGUAGCAGGGAUGGCACAAGAGGACAGUCGCCGUGGUCAAGUGCCACCCACGUUUUAUCAUGGUGCCAGCCAGGAACUUGAUCUGUCCACCAAAGUAUACAAGAGAGAGUCAGGAAGUCCUUACUCAGUGUUGGUGGACAGCAAAAUGAGUAAACCACAUCUCCAUGAAAGAGAGGAGCAGCCAUAUUUCAGGGAGAACAGAGCGGUAGGAGAGGUCCGGGCUGUGAAAGAAGACAGAGAAAACUCUGACGACUCUGAGGAGGAGGAAGAGGAGGAAGAUGAAGUGACUUACAAAAGGGAGCAGAUUAUAGUAGAGGUAAACCUUAACAACCAAACAUUAAAUGUAUCAAAAGGGGAGAAGGGUGUCCCCUCCCAGUCCAAAGAGACUGCUGUUCUUAAGACCAGCAGUGAGGAAGAGGAGGGUGACAGUGGGGAAGAGGCCACUGAAGACAGUAAUGAUGAUGAGGAAAAUGAGAGGCAGAAGAAAAAAGAGAAAAGAGUGGAAAAAGUUAGUGUUGCACAAAGGAGAACAAGGAGAGCUGCAUCUGCUGCAGCAGCCACAACUUCCCCAUCACCCAGAACUACAAGGGGUCGUAGAAAGAGUGUGGAGCCCCCCAAGCGUAAGAAGAAAACUGCAAAGGAGCCCAAGGCACCUGUGCAGAAAUCAAAGUGUGAAGAGAAGGAGACUUUAACCUGUGAGAAGUGCCCCAGGGUGUUUAACACACGCUGGUACCUGGAGAAGCACAUGAACGUCACUCACAGGCGCAUGCAGAUCUGCGACAAAUGUGGGAAGAAAUUUGUUCUAGAAAGUGAGCUGUCCCUUCACCAGCAAACAGACUGUGAAAAAAAUAUCCAGUGCGUUUCCUGUAAUAAGUCAUUCAAGAAGCUCUGGUCCCUCCAUGAACAUAUCAAGAUUGUCCACGGAUAUGCAGAAAAGAAAUUCUCCUGUGAGAUUUGCGAAAAGAAGUUCUACACCAUGGCCCACGUGCGGAAACAUAUGGUUGCACAUACAAAGGACAUGCCAUUUACAUGUGAAACCUGUGGAAAAUCAUUCAAACGCAGUAUGUCUCUCAAAGUACAUUCCCUACAGCAUUCUGGAGAGAAACCUUUCAGGUGUGAGAACUGCGAUGAGAGGUUUCAGUACAAGUACCAGCUGCGUUCGCACAUGAGCAUCCACAUUGGGCACAAACAGUUCAUGUGUCAGUGGUGUGGCAAAGACUUCAACAUGAAACAGUACUUUGAUGAGCACAUGAAAACACACACUGGAGAGAAGCCUUUUAUCUGUGAAAUCUGUGGGAAAAGCUUCACCAGCCGCCCAAACAUGAAGAGACAUCGCAGAACUCACACAGGGGAGAAGCCCUACCCAUGUGAUGUGUGUGGUCAGCGAUUUCGCUUCUCCAACAUGCUCAAGGCACACAAGGAGAAGUGCUUCCGUGUUACCAGCCCCGUUAACGUGUCAUCUGCUGUCCAGAUCCCGCUGUCCACGACUUCUCCUGCCACCACAGUCCCUGCUGUAGUGAACGCACCCGCAGCCCCAACCCCACCUAUCAACCUGAACCCAGUGAGCACGCUUCCUCCACGCCCCAUUCCCCACCCAUAUUCACACCUUCACCUACAUCCUCACCCUCACCAUCCACAUCAUCUUCCUGUCCCCCCAGUCCCUCAUUUACCCCCUCCUCCAGCUCUUUUUAAGAGUGAGCCUUUAAAUCACAGAGGCCAGAGUGAGGACAACUUUCUGCGACACCUGGCAGAAAAAAACAGUUCAGCACAGCACCACUAACAUCUUUGCUUCCUGCCAGCUAUUUUCCCAUUUUAUGCACAUGGAAACAUGCCCUCGUGGAAGUACAGAGGGUUAGUUGGUGAGGAUCUUUGUCUCUCUCUUAGCCCCAGCAGACAGUCCUGAUUUUCCCUUGAAUCAUUUAACAAACAAGGAAAUUCUGUUUUGGAUCAGCAGUGGUCAUUUGAACCUUGGAACCAACAGGACUUAAACCCAAUUUGCUUGCGUUUUACUGGUGACUUUUAUAAAUUUCAGAUACUGAGACUUGUGGAAUUUUAUAAUUUCAUAUCAGCUGAUGAGGUAUGCUUGCUUUUAUAUCCUGGACUUCUCCUCAAAGAGGAGAUAGGCCUGGUUUUCUUUGUACUAAUCGGAAAGGCUGUGAGAUUAAUACAGAGCAUUAAUUGUAUCACUGUGUAUCGUAAUGAAUUCUUUUCAGCUUUUGGUGCCGGCUAUGGAGUGAGCCAGCCACGUAUCACAGUAUAUUUGAGCAUUAUAGAGAAAGACAAAAAAAUUUCUUGUUUGUGUAGCUCUCCUAACACACUCUUUAUUUUACUACAGAAAUUAUUUUAGAGUUUUUUGUAUAGACCUAUUUAGUAGUCUGUUUCUAAAAUGAAAUGUAUUUCAAUAAGCGGUGUAAUUUUUUCAGUGUAGCUGGACCUAUGUUGUAUAAUAGAUAAAUUUUUAUAAUCAUCAAAAUGUGAUUCUUAAAAGAUGCAUAUAGCUUCUAUAGUUAAAGUUAUUCUUACAACCAUACAACUUAAAAGGUGCUUCAGAGAAGGAAGGAACCCAAGAGGUCUCUGGAAAGGUUGCCUCAAAAGUGAUGUUGAUUUCAGAACUUUACGUAAUUUAUUUUAGUAGGGCUUUUUUUUUUUUUUUUUUUUUUUUAACCUUACACUUCCCUUUUUGCAGUGUCUCUUAAGCUUAUUGGACAAGGGUUUUGAGAUGCUGUAUUCCUCCUCCUCCAGUUCUGUUUAGUCCGGUCGGAGUGAGGUAUGAGGCGGGCUAGAAAGGGAGCCCCUUAUCUAGGGACCCACUGGCUCAUGCAUCAAAACUCACGAGUUAACGAGAGAUCUGACAGCAGAGAGAAAAUAAACUAUCUCAAGUCAGCCAAGCAUCUUUCCUGUUUUUGUAGGAGAGCCGGGUUUAAUGGCUUUUCAUGGUAUGAUUUUAAAUUGGGGAUCAUAUCAAGUGCUGCUCUUCAAAUUGUUUAUUGGAAUUCCUGGAGUUGUUAGGAGAGGGGAAUUAAGUGAGAUCACAAAUGUGGUGUUUCUGACUGGUUGAUUGUAAGAGUGCGAAGAAAAGGUUGAAUGGGACAAUGGUGUUUCAGUUGCAUUGUUAAGAAAAUGCUGAUAGCACUGUAUGUACCGUGUGAAGCUCUAUCCCAUAAAUGUAAUGUGCAUAAAAUUAUGGGAUGAUUUCUAGGGGUCGUAGUCAUACUUUGGCAAAUCUAAAUUUUACAGUUGUAGGGUAGGAAACUUUGAAUUGUAGGCAUGUCACUGUUUCAUAAUCCUGGGAGGCAAUGAGGGGUAAAUGACAAGUUUAGUGCAGGGAUGGUGGGCUGGAAUGCCAAAUGUAUCUGUUUUAACCAGUAAGUAGCUGUUAUUUUUCAGGUUUGUAUUUCUCUUCGAUUAAAACUAAAUAUAGCAGCAUUAUGCAAUCUAGGUAGCUGUUGCCACCUUCAAUGAAGAGAGAGGCCCAAGGCAAUGUACUGUAAGUCCUCUUUUCCUUAAAAUUCCUACUUUUCUCUGCUGCUUUUUAAAUUAAAUCCCACCAAACUAUACAUCCAGAGAUCCUCAUAGGCAGAUGUCUCACUUACCAUUCUGCUUAUUAAUGAACUGGGGUUUUGUGGCUAAUGGGAUUAAUUUCUUUCAGUCUUCAAGAUAGCAGAAAUGGUGGGAACUCUUCCUAGUGUUACUUCCUCAAGGUUAAUGCUGUUAAGCACUGUGUUUUGAAACACCGUGUCCUCUGUCUGAGAGCUAGCUCCAUAGUUGAUGUUUUUCAGCAUUUCUACCACCUAAUCAUUGAUGAUGAUUUUUCAUAAAAAGCAUAGGAAACUUUAGGAACCGGAAUGGGCAAUUUUGGCCCAACAAACCUACUCAUUUUUGACUGAGCUGAAACCCCUUCCAGCAUUUUUGAAAAAUAAAACAAUGUGUUUUUUAAAUGUUUUCUCUAUAGUAUUUAUAUACACCCUCUGAUCUUCUAGAAGAAAAAGUCAGUUAUGAAAGUGAUUUUACAUUCAUAAUUACAACUAUUGUAUUUACUGUGGCUGGUCCGCCCCGGAGGUUCUAUGCAUUCCACGUCACGUUUGCAACCUACAUUUCUGUUGUGCCACUAUUUUAUGGUCAGGCCUGUUAUUAAAUGAUUUUUAAAUGCUAAAAAAAAAAUCUUGGUAAAUCAAUUGUAUUCCAGUUUUGCAAAAUGAUUUCUUCUCAAUAAAUUUACAGUAUUAGGCUGCUAUUCAGAAUUCUAAAA